ACGACGCACUUCCGCCGCUGAUGACGCAGCAUCCGGUUGUGCAGCAGCCAUUUUGUCUGUUCGGUCAAAUCCACCCGACGGUUACGAACUGCAGUUCCACCCUGGAAACAAAUGCAAAAUGCUGUUUUUGGCGUUUUUAUUCCACGUCAUACCCGUCUGAACGCGUCCUAAAUUCUUGAUAAAUAUUCCUGAACAUAACCCCGCCCCCCCCGCUCCUCCAGCAGCAGCGGGCCUCCCGGGAGCAGCAUGUCGUGUGAGCAGAGCUACCUGGCCAUCAUCCGGUACCUGACCGAUGAGCGGGAGCCCUACGCGCCGGGGACGCCCGGGAACACCAAGAGGAAGAUCCGGAAGGCGGCCACCUGCUACGUGGUGCGGGACGGGACCCUGUUCUACCAGCGCCGGCUGAAGGGCCAGGACGGCUUCACCGAGCUGCAGGUGGUGCUGCAGGACGGCCUCAGGGCGGAGCUCAUCCAGGGGGCUCACACCGCCGGAGGAGAGCACCUGAACCAGCAGCUCACCUGGGACUCCAUCUCCCAGAAGUACUGGUGGAGAGGAAUCCUGAAGAACGUCAAAGACCACAUCAGAGAGUGUCCUUCGUGUCAGAGCCGCCGCGGCGCUGACGACGGCUCCGGACCUCGACCCUUCGCCCGGCCGGGGAGACGCAAGGCGGCCACCAACGCCACCGAGGAGGAGGAGGAGGAAGAGGAGGAGGAGGAGGGAGAAGACGGCCUGACCUUCACUGACUCCUCCUCCCAACUGAGAUCCAAGACGACGGCCAAACACGAACUCGUCUUUGUGGACAGUAAAGGUGAGGUGAAUCAGUUCUUACCCAAACACAGUCAGACGAUGUUGGACAAACUGAACCAGCAGCGCCUCAGUAACCAGUUCUGUGACAUCACGCUGCUGAUCGAGGGGGAGGAGCACCGCGCCCACAAGGCCGUGCUGGCGGCGUGCAGCGAGUACUUCAACGAGCUCUUCUUCGAGAAGGGCGCCGCCUCCACCCACGAGGCCGUGGUCGACCUCUCCGGUUUCACUAAAGUCAGCUUCCUGCCGCUGCUGGACUUUGCGUACACGUCCACGCUCACCUUUAACUUCUGCGUCAUGGCCGACAUCGCCAACCUGGCUCGCCACCUGCUGAUGACGGAGGUUCUGCAGAUCUGUGAGUCGGUGCACAAGCAGGUGGAGGAGCAGAAGCUGACGGUGUACCAGAGAGGAGACGUGCACACGGUGGUGUCCAGCCAGCCGGCGGCUCAGGACGGUGCCAAGGACGACACGGCGUUCAUGGUCACCAUCGAGAGCGACGGCCGGGCCGUGGUCAUGCAGAGCGGCGAGCCCGUGGCGUUCGUGUCGCCUCCAGAGGAGACGUACAUCCAGCAGCCCAUGACCGUCGUGACCGAGGCUGCAGAGGGAGAAGAGGUGCAUCAUGGGGAGGCGGGGCAGAACGAGACUGUGACUCUGAUCGCUCACGGAGGACACGCCGAGCCGGGAGAGACGCUCACUCUGAUCUCCGGCGGCGCGGACGGACUGGAGGAAGACACGAUGACGGUGGUCACUCACAGCGGGCAGGCCGGAGCCAGCGAGUCGCUCGCCGUGGUGUCCGCCUGCCUGGCGAUGGAGCAGCCGCCGGUCCACGAGGCCUUCGUCAUGGACGUGGACCCGGACAAAGGGAGUCCCUCAGAGGACAUCAGACCGUCCUCUGAAGCGGCGGAGGAGCCUCAGGAGACGGUAGAAUCGGCUCCAACGCCACAGAAACGUAAACGAGGACGUCCGGCGAAGGUGAAGAGAGACGUGGAGGUGGAGGAGUACGUUCCUCUGGAGGAGGAGGAUCCAUCAGCUGACGAAGGCCACGGAGACAAACAGGACGCCUCAGACGACCCCAACAGGAGACGGCUCAGGCAGCGCUCCAUCGCAGAGGGGUACGCCCGUCUGCACAUGGGGCUGGAGGAGGAGGAGGAGGCCAAGAGAGGGGCGACCUCACCGAGAGCGCCCGCUACGAAGGUGCCUCUGAGGACGGGUAAGAGGGGACGACCACCGAAGCAGCCGGCGGAGUCGCCAGGUGAAGGUCAGUCUGAGUCAGGGGCGGAUCCGGAGCCCGGCGCCGUGGAAACGGAGACGCCAGCAGAGCUCAGCACGGAGGAGGCGGGGACUAAAGGGGCGGAGCCUGAGACGACGGGAGCCAAGCAGGAGUCGGCCCAUGACGGAGAACACACCUGCUCAGAGUGCGGCGCGUCCUUCCAGAGACGCUACGCACUCAUCAUGCACACGCUCAAACACGAGAAGGCUCGUGGGUACAAAUGCAGCCUGUGCAGUAAAGAGUUCCAGUACGCCGCCUCGCUCCGAGCUCACCUGGCCCGUCACAAGCAGCAGAGCAGUCAGCGAGCGCCCAUCGUCAAACUGCCCGCGGAGCCCGGCGUCGAGGCCAAUCCGGACGGCGAUCUGGACGAGAAGACGUCGUCGCCGCACACCAAGAGAGAAUUCGUGUGCGACAUCUGCGGGAAGACGCUGCCGAAGCUCUACUCUCUGAGGAUCCACAUGCUGAACCACACCGGCGUGCGUCCUCACUCCUGUAAGGUCUGCGGGAAGACGUUCGCCCACAAACACAGCCUGAAGAUGCACCGCGCGCUGCACGACGUCACCAAACAGUUCCAGUGUGAAUACUGCAAGAAGUCCUUCGUCAGCAAGAGGAGCAUGGAGGAGCACACCAGCCUGCACACAGGUGAGUCUAAGUACCUCUGCAACACCUGUGGAGCCACUUUCCACCGAGCCUCUGCUCUGAGCAAACACCUGAAGAAACACCUGCCCAGACCCGACGUCCGUCCGUUCGCCUGCGCUCACUGUGACAAGCGUUUCUAUGAAGCUAAAGACCUGCAGCAGCACAUGAACAAGCACAUGGGCCUGAAGCCGUUCCAGUGCCAGGUGUGUGGGAAGUGUUACAGCUGGAAGAAGGACUGGUACUCCCACGUCAAGUCCCACAGCGUGGCCGAGCCCUUUAAGUGUAACGUGUGUGGGAAGGAGUUCUUUGAGAAGGCUCUGUUCAGGAGACACGUGAAGAAGGCCACUCACGGGAAGAAAGGCCGAGUGAAGCAGAACCUGGAGAGAGAGUGUGAGCAGUGUGGCAGGAAGUUCACUCAGCUCAGAGAGUACCGACGCCACGUCAACAACCACCAGGGAGUGAAGCCGUUCGAGUGCCUGACGUGCGGCGUGGCGUGGGCCGACGCUCGCUCCCUGAAGCGUCACGUGCGCACGCACACGGGCGAGCGUCCGUACGUGUGCCCGAUGUGCCAGGAGGCGCACAUCGACGCCCGCACGCUGCGCAAACACAUGGCCAAGUUCCACGGAGACAACCUGCCGGGGAAGAUCAUGCUGGAGAAGGACACGCUGCAGUUCCACAACCAGGGCACGCAGGUGGAGCACGCCGUCUCCAUCCUCGCCUCAGAGCUGCCGCCGGAGCUGCGCCCGGCCGAGCCGCCGCCGGCCUCCGAGGAGAUCGAGACGGUGCUGAUCACGGAGGAGACGGUGGAGGCCGUGGAGGCGGUGCAGGCCGUGCAGGCGGCGGCCGACGGCUCGCUGGCGACCACCACGCUGACGGACCAGGGCAUCAUGCAGGUGGUGAACUACGUCCUCGCUCAGCAGGGACUCACCGACGGCAAGAUGGAGGACGCCCCAGAGGUCAUCCAGACCAUGGAGGUGGAGGUGGCUCACGUGGCCGAGGUGGAGUGACUGUGUGUAAAGAUGUGACAGCAUGUAAAGAGAAGAGUAUUUUUUCUGUGAAUGUAAAUACGUGAACCAGGAGAUCGAGUUCUCAUGUUCUGUGAAUAAAUAAUAAUAACCCGACUCAUCAGAGGACUCGUGAGAGCAAACAGACUGUUUGGUUCAGUGGGUUCAUCCUCCGGGAGAAACGUCUUCAUUCAUCUGCUUCAGGUUCUCAGGAACGUUUCCCCUCUGAAGCUCUGGAGGAGUUUAGAUGUUAUCAGCACAAAGUCAACAAAGAGAAACUGAAAUAUGGAAACAUUUCAUAGAUUUUAACCCUCAAAUCAAAAUGUAUUCUAAUAAUUUCACAUAUUUUUCUAAUAA